GCCUCAGCACCGGGACGGCCGAGUAGAUUACAUCACAGGCGCGUCAACGAACCGCAUCGAGCCACCCUUUCCGCACGCGAUUGCACCUGCAUCCAAUGCCGACUCCAACCUGUGGUCAGUCGCUACCGGUUCUGGCCGCAGGGCCUAGAAUAUUUGCACCACCACCUGGGUAGUGGCCUGAUGUCGACCUGCGUCACACACUGGCAUGGACCCCGCUGGCAAUGCCCGGGCAAUGCCGCUUCCAGGGCAGGAGCGUUUUGAUCGCGAGCUCAGUGACGAUAAAGCUACCGAGCUCUCCGAGCUAUUGUCGUCUAUUCAAAGCAUUCUAAAGCUUUGACUUCCAUGACGCCCUCUCCUAUCCAACUUACAUCCUUGGUCGUUAAGCCCCCUGUUCAUCGUGCAUAAUCGAUACCGCCUACGGACAUGACAGACAUCAGGGAACAGGGGCUUAAGAAGCCCAUUGUGGUCGCUGAGUAUCUCUUCAAGAGACUCCAUGAAAUUGGCAUCCGGUCCGUCCACGGCCUCCCCGGAGACUUUAACCUGGUAGCCCUGGACUACAUCCCCAAGUCCGGGUUGCGCUGGGUGGGCAGCGUGAAUGAACUCAACGCAGCCUAUGCCGCCGACGGCUAUGCUCGUACCAAGGGUAUCUCGGCCGUCCUUACCACCUUCGGUGUGGGAGAGCUGUCGGCCAUCAAUGGCAUCGCCGGAGCCUUCUCAGAACACGUUCCGGUCGUACACAUCGUCGGCUGCCCAUCCACCAUCUCGCAGCACAAUGGCAUGCUGCUACACCACACACUCGGCAAUGGUGAUUUUAAUGUCUUCGCCAACAUGAGCUCCCAGAUCUCGUGCGACAUGGCUCGCCUAAACAAGCCGGCCGAGAUUCCCGACCAGAUCGAUAAUGCCCUGCGGGAGUGCUGGAUCCGCAGUCGGCCCGUGUACAUCAUGUUGCCGACGGAUAUGGUCGAGAGGAAGGUUGAGGGCACCCGGCUCGACACACCCAUUGACCUCACCGAACCCAAGAACGAGCCGGAGCGCGAAGACUACGUCGUAGACGUGGUCCUUAAGUACCUCCAUGCGGCCAAGGCACCAGUCAUUCUAGUCGACGCAUGCGCGAUCCGCCACAGAGUGCUCGAUGAGGUGCAUGCCUUGGUGGAAAAGACCCAGCUCCCGGUGUUCGUGACGCCCAUGGGCAAGGGCGCUAUCAACGAGAGCCACCCCUCGUACGGCGGUGUGUACGCAGGCACGGGCUCGCAACCCGAGGUCGCCGAGCGGGUCGAGUCGGCGGACCUGGUACUCUCGAUUGGUGCGCUCAAGAGCGACUUCAACACGGCGGGAUUCUCAUACCGGACGUCACAACUGAACACAAUCGACUUCCACUCGACCCACUGCACCGUACGCUACUCUGAGUACCCCAACGUGGCCAUGCGCGGCGUGCUACGCAAAGUGAACGAGCGGGUCGACCUGAGCAAGCUCUGUCGGCCACCUUCGCCUGAGGUGGCCAACGAGGUGACCAAGAACAGGGACAGCUCUGAGACCAUCACGCAGGCCUUUUUCUGGCCUCGCGUUGGGGAGUACCUAAAGGAGAACGACAUCGUCGUGACCGAGACGGGGACUUCCAACUUUGGCAUCUGGGAGACCAAGUACCCACCGGGCGUGACCGGCGUCACGCAGAUCCUCUGGGGCAGCAUCGGCUGGUCAGUCGGGGCCGCUCAGGGCGCUGCGCUGGCUGCGAAGGACAUGGGUGCCGACCGCCGGACCAUCUUGUUCGUCGGCGACGGUUCGUUCCAGCUUACCGCGCAAGAGGUGACGACCAUGAUGCGGCAUAACCUCAAGGUUACCAUCUUCCUCAUCUACAACGAGGGGUUCACCAUUGAGCGCUACAUCCACGGCAUGAAGGCCGAGUACAACGACAUCAUCCGCUGGCGGUACACCGACGUGCCGACUGCGUUUGGCGGGUCAGACAAGCAGGUCCGCAAAUUUGUCAUCAAGACAAAGGAUGAGCUCGAGAAAUUGUUGACGGACAAGGAGUUCAACGAGGCUGGCGGGCUGCAGUUCGUUGAGCUGUGGAUGCCCAAGGAGGACGCGCCGCGGGCGCUGAAAAUUACGGCCGAAAUUUCUGCGAAGAAUAAUGCAAAGAUGAGCGAUGGAUAGUUUGUGUUGGUUGACGAAGAAGGGCUUUGAUUUAAGUAAGGAGUUUGUUUUGGUUUCAACAGAACUUGAUCAGGUUGAACAACCCUCAUCGAAAUCCACACUGCUCAUUCAUGCCUUGUUGUCUUCCUUACCAAGUUACAGUGUAAUGAGUCGUGUGAGUGCACCUUCAUGAACCUCCCGAGGCAGUCGUUGUGAUGACGGAGGUCCCCCAAGUGUAAGAUCAAUAGCCAAUCAGAACCGGUUAAGUUGACCCCAAUACAUGAAUUUCAUGCAAGCGACUUUGC